GGGCCUCAAAAGCUGCAUCUUCACUUCUCUCUGCUUCUUCGCUCUUGGCCCGACGUAUACAAUAAGAAGAAUCCACCAAGAGGUUGUGACCCUAAUUUCACUUAUCUAAAUGUUACCUACACGAAAGAUGGGUAUGGGAUGAUGCAGAGAUGUGUUUCCUUUGGGGGGAUCGAUUACAUAGUCAACCACUAAGACACUAUAAAAGAUGCUGCGGUGUCAUAUUGAAGUACCACACGCUUUCCAAUUGUUCGAAAUGAAGUUCUUCGUUGUGGCGGUAGCCACUACUCUCGUCGCCCUAACACAGGGUCGUCCCCAAUACAACUACCCAGCACCCUCCCCCUUACCCAGCGGUAGCUAUGGUACCCCUGGAAUCGGAAUAGGAGGUGGAGGAAUCGGGGGUGGCAUAAUUGGAGGAGGAGGAGGAGGAGGAAGUUUCAUUGGCGGCGGAGGAGGAGGAGGUAGUUUUAUUGGCGGAGGAGGAGGAGGUAGUUUCAUUGGCGGAGGAGGAGGAGGCAAUCUCAUUGGAGGAGGAGGUAAUCUCAUUGGAGGAGGCGGUGGUCUCAUUGGAGGAGGAGGUGGUGGUAGUGGUUUUAUCGGAGGAGGAGGCAUCGGAGGAGGUGGCAUAAUUGGGGGAGGAGGAGGCGGAGUCCUCGUCCAGAAACACAUUUACGUCCACGUGGCUCCCCCAGAGCCCGAAGAGCUCAGACCGCAAAGACCGAUCUCUUUGGGCCAGGCCACCAAGCACUACAAGAUCAUCUUCAUCAAGGCGCCGUCAGCCCCAGCGCCUGUAGCCCCAUCUAUCGCCCUCGGAGGUCAAAGCGAGGAGAAGACCUUGGUCUACGUGCUGGUCAAGAGGCCCGAAGACGCUGCAGACAUUAGCAUACCGACCGCCGCGCCCACACAACCCUCCAAACCGGAAGUCUACUUCAUCAGGUACAAGGCCAAGAGUGAAGCGACAGGUGGCGCUGGAAUCGGAGGAGGUAUCAUCGGAGGUGGCGGAAUUGGAGGAGGUAGCAUCGGAGGAGGUAGCAUCGGAGGAGGUAGCAUUGGAGGAGGUAGCAUUGGAGGAGGUAGCAUUGGAGGAGGUAGCAUUGGAGGAGGUUUGAUCAGUGGAGGAGGUAGCAUUGGAGGAGGUUUGAUCAGUGGAGGAGGUUCUAUUGGGGGAGGUGGCAGUAUCGGUUUGACUACCAGCGGUGGGUCGUCUUCUGUGUCUGUGGGAAGACCUUCCCAGCAGUACGGGCCUCCAGGACAUAGCGGACCAUACUAG